UGAAGAAACCUCGAAGGGGUUAAAGUGGAAGGCUUAGUCAAACUUUGCUUCUGAGCUUCUCUUAUCUCCUCCCUCUGAGGCUCCCAGCCGCUAAGGCAAAGCAGAGCUGAUUCACUACCUUUCCCGCACUCUCCAAACUGUUGCCUGCAAAAGAGGAACUGGGGACUUAACUAUUCAGGCUGCUUCCAUUCAAGUGUUCCGGAUGGUACAUACACAUCCAAAGGGACAAUUCUCUUGGCUGUUCGGGGUUUACAAGGAGCAGGCAUCUGAAACUGCGCUCUGAAGCUAUAUUCCAGAGAUGUUCCUGAACAACUUGCCCGUCGGUGUAAGCUUCAAAAGGGAUCCUUAAAAGGCCAGCCCCAUUCAUCCCAUGAGCCACGAGAGAGGAAAAUAAAUCUGUUGAGGAGUUUGAAGAGUCACAUCUUCUGAGCCUAGACCUACUGCUGUCAGCAUCUCUGAGCCCUCCUCCAUCUGAGAAUUACCAGGUCUGACAACACUUUCCCUCCAGCCUACAGUGAGGGAUGUCAACAAAACUGUAGACAAGUUACAUUCUCUAGACUUCCAACCCUCAAGCUGUGGCAGUCGGGAAGACACCUUACAAGCUCCAUCCUUAUGGGGGAUUCAGAAAGACAAGAAGGGCAAAAACUCAGAUAUGCUGAGCUGGAAAUAUACAAAAGCUUUUAGAAAAUCUCCCCACAGAAGAAUCCAAUUAAAUUCACAUAAUUAAUGCACACAUUAGAUAAGCCAUAGAUAAAAUAGAAUGCUUUCUCCCUCCACCAAAAGAUAGAAAAAGUCUGAUUUAAUACUCAGACAUGCUUGUUCUCAUUCCAGUAUUAUAAAGCAGUUUUGCCAUAUUUAUUUUAAUCAGUAUAGGAGUAGGACUGUGGAAAAUAAAAUAUUUUAUUUGUAUUUUAAGAAAGUGGUUAAGAAGUUCUGAUAAAAAAAACUAUUUGGGAGAGGGAUGCUGUGCUGGAAAAUAGAGAUAGUGUGGCAACUGCCAAAUUAGAAUAUCAUUUUCUUGCUUAUGCAAUAUUGACUUGGCUCUGGUUGUGAUUGCUUUGAUUGUGUAUGAGAUUGUUAGAACACCUCCAGCAUAUUCAGAGACAGUCUAAGUGACUGUGGAAUGCCUCAAGGGCAAUAGAAAUCAACUAGAAAUAGGUACUAACUCAAGUCUUGAGUGAUGACGGAGGUGCAUUUCAAGUACCAUGGAAAUCUCACUGGACGGGCCCAUUUUCCCACCCUGGCAACAGAGGUUGACACUACUUCAGAUAAGUAUUCCAACCUGUAUAUGUAUGUGGGCUUAUUCCUGAGCCUCUUGGCCAUUCUCCUCAUCCUGCUCUUCACGAUGCUCCUUCGACUCAAACAUGUCAUCUCACCCAUCACCUCCGAGAGCACAGAAAGUGUUCCUCAAUUCACAGAUGUAGAGAUGCAGAGUCGGAUUCCUACUCCUUAAAGCCAGGAUGAAAGUGAGCUUUACUGGAUCUCAGUGAACCCUUGUAUGUUGAUGUCCAGGAAAGCUGACUUCAUUACAUGUAGCUUCCUGUGUAAGGAAUCAACAAGUUGUUCACUUAACAAGUUGUUCCUCCUUUCCUUGUGUUAUUCUUUAUCUUGACUCUGCUUAUGGGAUAUCUAAGAGGUCUGACUCCUUCCUUGCCAGGAAUAUAGGAAAUGGCAGCUGCUUAGGAAGGUAGGUUUCCAUGGUAGCCAAAGAGAGGCUGGGCCUUGAGCAACCCUCAGAUCACAGAAAUUCAUAUGCAGCUGUUGUUUAAAAAACAAACAAACACAACCCUGGAAACUCCAAGAAAAAGGAAAAUUUGCCUUUGAAAGGAUUGAUUGUUCAAAAAGGUUACCCCAAGAAAGGAACAAGUUUUAACUUAGCAGUUAGGCCCAAAAGAAUCACCUCUGGUUACAUGAACUUGACUCAUGUUGGAGGUUAAUGGAAGGGACCACAAACCCUUUCCCAAAAGAGCAGUGAUUUUAUCAACUAUGGCCAUCAGGUUUGUCCCAAAUGAAAGCAGAGUCUUUAAAGACACUGUUUCAAUUUUAAAAGCAAUUUUGCAAAAGUAAGUUUCUAGUGAACAAACUCAUCUAGAGAGGGAAAAUGUGCAUUUUAUAUCUGUGUUAUUACUAUUACUGGACUUUUAAAAACUCAGAUAGUGGUAGAUAUAUUACAAAAAUCUGGAACAAUGAGCUUCCCUCAAACCAAGGGAAAAUUAAGUCAAAAUAUGCUUAUGAUAAUGAACAUUAUAUGAUAUGUGCACCUUCUUUGCCCUUUUCUCCUUCCCCAUCACACUCCAUGAUUGAGUUGCACUCAAAUUUAAGCUUUGUUUAAAGAUGGCCUUGGCAAAGAAGACUCAACUGUGCUUUAAAGCAGAAAUGAAAUAGUCUUGGUAUUCUGUUGUUGAAUGAUUGUGGCUUUGGACAAAACACUCAAGCCUGGGGUAUCAGGUUUUUCUUUCUGAAAAAUGAUCUGAGAGCUAUUCAGUCAUCACUGGACUCCUCUUAGAUCUGAGUGUAAGAAAAA